UUCACCACUCACCACAACAACUUACCCAAUCCCUCCCCCAUCUCUCUCUCUCUCUCUCUCUCUCUCUCUCGCCAUUUUCGACGUCGACGAGGAUACAGAGAGAGAAAGGUUCUUCUUCUUCUUCUUCUUCUUCUUCUUCUCUCUCUCUCUCUCUCUCUCUUCUCGCGUUUCUACCUCUCUCUAUCGUAGCUCGAAGCAGGGAUCAAAGUAGGAAAAUUCAAUCAGAAGGCCCCAUCGCCAACUUUUGUGGGAAAAAUCGAAUUUUGGAACGACCUGUUGCUAUUUCAUUCCAUUUUGCUGAGAUUUCGAGUAUAAAUUGAUUGGGUUUAGGUUUUGCAAGAAAGGUAAAAAAUAUUGUAUCAUUUGCGCUGCCAAAGAAAAUCAGAUGGCCCAAUUGUGAUUCCCUGUGUGCAAGGACAUGUUCUAGGAGUAACCUAUUGUCAUUUCAUUCAAUUCCGUCGAGAUUGGGGCUCCGAGGAAGCUUAUUUCUUGAACCUACUGUUGUGCUGAGAGUAACUUUUUCGCCCUUGCGCCGGUUCGAAAGAUGAAUGUGGUGGGCAAGGUUGGGAGCCUCAUAUCCCAAGGAGUCUACUCCGUUGCAACCCCCUUCCAUCCCUUUGGAGGAGCCGUCGAUGUAAUUGUAGUUGAGCAACAAGAUGGUACGUAUCGUAGUACACCAUGGUACGUCCGUUUUGGGAAGUUCCAAGGCGUCCUCAAAGGUGCAGAAAAGAUUGUCACCAUUUCCGUAAAUGGCGUCGAAGCCAACUUCCAUAUGUAUCUUGAUAACUCCGGCCAGGCCUAUUUCAUGAGAGAGGUUGAUGAUCAGGAAAUGAGCGACUCAAAAACCUUUGUAUCAAAUCAAGGGCAGGAUGCUAGCAUUAGUGGAGACGAUUGUCGGAAUAGUUUUGAUGAAAAUGAAAGUAGAAUUCAAGAUGAGCAAGCUUCUCCCGACGACGGUUCAGUUGGAUCAUCUAGCUUUAGUUCAUAUCACUAUGGAAGUUUAGAUGAGGUGGAGGAUUUGGUCAAACAAUCCGACAGCUCUAAUUCGGAGAUGGUUUUGGUUAGCAUAGAUGGGCAUGUUCUGACAGCACCGAUCUCGUCCAAUGAAAGGACUAUGGAAAACGUGCAACUUAGUACCCCACAGUUCCACCUGGGGCCCGGUGAGGGAUCUGGUGGAGAGUUUACCGAUAGCGGUGAUGUGUGGGAACCUGAGUUAUUUGGUGAUUUGGAUAUAUCUACAGAGAGGGAUAGUUAUGCUCCGAGAGAUCAAUCCGACAGCAUAAAAGAUUGCAGGGAGGUUGCAGAUGAUGACGAAGAGGCUCGUAGUGUUGGUAAAUGCGAAGUCAAAUUGGAGCAGGUUCGUGCAGGGCUGAGUAGAGAGGAAACUUUCAAAAGCUGUUUAGAUUUGAUGUCGCAGGUUGAAAAUGAUGAUUCAGAAGAAACUACGGGGCUUUCUUCUCUUAGUGAAGAACAAGUCGAGGAAACAGAAAUUAGCACUAUUUCCAACUUAGGAAAUGAUGUACCACAGAAUUUAGAGAGUGAACUGAAAGAUUUAAAGCAUAGUGCUUCUGUAGUUAUUAGGCAGGAAGAUGAGAAGCCCAAUUUGCAUGUGGUUGUUCAGGAAGCUGAUUUAGUCAAGAAUACUGAGACUGAGACAACCAGAAUAGAGACCGAGUCUUGUGAGUUGUUGGUUACUUCAGAAACUAAUGAUAAUGAAAUUUUGAGAAGUACUCCAGAGAGCUCUGCAAUCAAAGGGGAACUUAAUCAAGCUGAUAGUCCUACAUUGAUGAAGCAAGCAUCUGGCUUGGGUGUUGAGAUCUCUCUUUGUGGGAACCUGCUACGUCCACGUAUGGGCCGUGAAUCUGCCAAGGAAGUUUUCGAAGCCUAUCGCAUUUCCGAGGAGGAGCUUGUGUCAUCUGGACCCACAAUCAUUAAGAACACGAAUCUCAUAGUCAGAGUUGAAGACAAGUAUUUGCCGUGGGCUAAAAUUCAACAUGUCAUUCUUGGAAAAGCCGUAUUUGGUCUGAAUUUUUCAGCCGAGCUAAAGGAUGCUAUCCCUGUUGAGAAUGACGAACCAGCAGACGGUGUCUCGCCAUCUGUAAGCAGGAGAUGGAAGCUUUGGCCAAUCCCAUUUAGAAUAUCGAGGUCUUUUCAGCAUAGUGACAGUAAGUCGCCGAAUGAGGAUAUUUUCCUCGAUUCUGAAUCUGUUCUACAGAGCCCAACAGCUGAACAAGCUCAGAGUACUAAAAGUCAGUCUCCGAGAAAGCAAUUUGUGCGAACAAAUAUUCCAACUAAUGAGCAGAUUGCAUCUUUGAAUUUGAAGGAAGGUCAAAAUAUGAUAGCCUUUAGUUUCUCUACUAGGGUUCUUGGGAAGCAACAGGUGGAUGCACAUAUAUAUCUGUGGAAGUGGAAUGCUCGAAUUGUCAUAUCCGAUGUUGAUGGAACUAUUACUAAGUCUGAUGUCCUAGGCCAGUUCAUGCCUCUGGUUGGAAAAGAUUGGACCCAGUCUGGCGUAGCUCGGCUAUUCUCUGCAAUAAAGGAAAAUGGCUAUCAACUGCUGUUCCUGAGUGCUAGAGCUAUAGUUCAGGCAUAUCUCACGAGAAGCUUUCUCCUCAAUCUGAAGCAGGAUGGGAAUGCGCUACCUAGUGGGCCUGUUGUGAUUUCACCAGAUGGCCUGUUUCCAUCACUCUAUCGAGAAGUGAUACGGAGAGCCCCACAUGAGUUCAAAAUUGCAUGUUUGCAGGAUAUCAAAGCCCUUUUUCCUUCUGAUUACAACCCAUUCUAUGCCGGUUUUGGGAACAGAGACACUGACGAACUAAGUUACAAGAAGAUUGGAAUCCCAAAAGGGAAAAUAUUCAUAAUAAACCCAAAGGGUGAAGUGGCCAUCAAUCACUGUGUUGAUGUGAAAUCAUAUACCUCCCUGCACACUUUAGUAAAUGACAUGUUUCCACCUACAUCGUUGGUUGAGCAGGAGGAUUAUAACUCUUGGAACUACUGGAGAAUUCCAUUGCCGGACAUCAGCGUGUAGUAAAAUAUAGCAGCAUUUAGCUUCAGUCGAGGAUAACCACAGCUGCAGAAUUAUUAGCUUGACAUAAUAGAACGCAUAAAAAAUGAGGUGAAAAUUCAUUUCCUUUUAUGGCGGCUACCUUGUCGGAUCUGUGUACAGUUAUUCUUUGGCUGCAUUGAUGGGCAAAUUCUAGUUGCGCGCCAGUAGGCGUAUUCUGCCAUGGAAGCACAAAGGUGAUUAAUUUUGUACAGUUGAGUGAGGUUCCCCUUGAUUUUAUGCUUUUCUCCCAACUCAAAGAUUUAGAUGGUUAAGGAUCGUUGACCCGCUCCCGCUAAAUGGUUAUCUUUCCGCUUGCCAAAUGCUGAGUAAUGUGUUUGGCUUAGGAAAGCAGAAUAACCAAAGUAGUCGGCCGCGCCUUUUAGUCAGCCACGACUAUCACUGUAGAGACGAAUAAUCUUUUCCUCAUCUUUUUUUUUUUUUUUGGAUCCACCCUUCAAACUGGAAAUGAGUAAGAACACUGAAGAACUUAUUGCAACUGUUUUGUGUCAUACAUGAGAUGUACUUGAAUGUCAUGUAAAAUCUUCAUGCUUGACCUGCAUUAACCAUCAUUAUGCUUUGCCAUAAGUGGAUUUAAAA